UCCGCGGAUUCGAUUCCGCGUCGCCGAGCGAAAGCACGCUCCCGUGGAGAGUGCGAACCUGCUGCACGGCGCCCAGGCGGCUCAUUGUCACACAGCAGAAAGGCAGCUUUACGGCUUCGCCCGUCAAGAACCAUCGCGAUCGCGGUGCGGGAUUUUCAAACCGUUCCUCUGGCACGUUUGGAGUCUCCGAGGGCUCUGGAGCCUGAAGGAGCGUGGGCCGUCCGCGGCAGGAGGUGCGGUGCUCCUCUGGGAGCCCUUACAGAGGGGCCGUGGCCAGGCUGCGGAGGAGAAGGGCCUGGUGAAUGGUGUCAGAUGAUGGCCGUCCCACGUGGAGCUGGUUCUGCACAUGGAGGAAGCCCAGACCUUUCCGAUGAAAGGCUUGGAUUGCGCCGGUGUGGCUGAUCUCCGUAAGGGGUGUGGUACCCUCGCACCCUCCUGACGCGCCUCGUUCUCUCGUCAGCCCCUAGCCACCGGUUCUGAGCGCAGGAGCAGGCCGGCCCCGUCCCCCUGACUUGGCACCAUGGAGCUGCUGUGGGCGAUGCUGCCCCUGUUCGGCUCGGCGGGGGCUAUCCACAUGGACGCAGUGGAGAGCCACAGCGCAUUCAGCUGCGAGCCCAUCACCCUGCGCAUGUGCCAGAACCUUCCCUACAACACCACCUUCAUGCCCAACCUGCUGAACCACUACGACCAGCAGACCGCCGCCCUGGCCAUGGAGCCCUUCCACCCCAUGGUGAAUCUUGAGUGCUCCCCGGCCCUGCGGCCCUUCCUCUGCGCCCUCUACGGCCCCGUCUGCACAGAGUACGGCCGUCUGUCCCUGCCCUGCCGCCACCUCUGCCAUCAGGCCAAGCGCGACUGCUCCAAGCUCAUGGACGUGUUCGGCGUCUCCUGGCUCGAGGAGAUGGAGUGCAGCAGGUUCCCUGACUGCGAGGAACCGUACCCACGUGCGGUUGACCUGCAGUCCAAGGCUACCAGCACCGAAGACUCACUGCUGUCUGUUCAACGCGACUACGGCUUCUGGUGCCCAAGGGAGCUGAAGAUGGAGCCCGAACUGGGCUACUCCUUCCUGGGGGUGCGUGACUGCUCACCGUCCUGCCCCAACAUGUACCUCCGUCAAGAUGAACUCCGCUUCGCCCGCUACUUCAUCGGCGUCGUCUCCAUCGUCUGCCUGUCUGCCACCCUCUUCACCUUCCUCACCUUCCUCAUCGACGUCACCCGCUUCCGCUACCCGGAGCGGCCCAUCAUCUUCUACGCUGUGUGCUACAUGAUGGUGUCGCUGGUGUUCUUUCUGGGCUUCCUGCUGGAGGACCGCGUGGCCUGCAAUGCCGCUAGCCCCGGCCAGUACCGGGCCUCCACCGUCACCCAGGGCUCGCACAACAAGGCCUGCACGCUGCUCUUCAUGGUGCUCUACUUCUUCACCAUGGCUGGCAGUGUCUGGUGGGUCAUCCUCACCAUCACCUGGUUCCUGGCCGCAGUGCCCAAGUGGGGCAGCGAGGCCAUCGAGAAGAAGGCCCUCCUCUUCCAUGCCAGCGGCUGGGGCAUCCCGGGAGCGCUGACCGUGACCCUGACAGCCAUGAGCAAGAUUGAGGGCGAUAACGUGAGCGGCGUGUGCUUCGUGGGCCUCUACGACGUGGCGGCCCUGCGCUGGUUCGUCUUGGCACCCCUUUGCAUUGACGUGCUGCUGGGCGUGGUGCUGCUCCUGGCCGGCAUCGCGGCGCUCAACCGCGUGCGCAUGGAGAUCCCGCUGGAGAAGGAGAACCAGGACAAGCUGGUCAAGUUCAUGAUCCGCAUCGGCGUCUUCUCCGUGCUCUACCUGGCACCCCUGCUGGUGGUCAUCGGUUGUUACUUCUAUGAGCAAAGCUACCGGGCCGUGUGGGAGACCAGCUGGGUGAUGGAGCGCUGCCGCGAGUACCACAUCCCCUGCCCCUACCGGGUGGAGGAGACCAGCCGGCCGGACCUGGUGCUCUUCCUCAUGAAGUACCUCAUGACGCUGGUGGUGGGAAUCCCCUCUGUCUUCUGGGUGGGCAGCAAGAAGACCUGCUUUGAGUGGGCUGGCUUCUUCCGAGGCCGCCGUCGCAAGGACAGUGCCGUGAACGAGAGCCGGCAGGUUCUCCAGGAGCCCGAUUUUGCGCAGUCCCUACUGCGGGACCCCAACACACCCAUCGUAAGGAAGUCCCGUGGCACCUCCACGCAGGGCACCUCCACCCACGCCUCCUCCACUCACCUGGCCAUGCUGGACGACCUGCCCAGCAGAGCCGGCAGCGUGCACAGCAAGAUGAGCAGUUACCACGGCAGCCUGCGGCGAUCACGUGACGGCAGGUACACCCCAUGCAGUUACCGCGGCAUGGAAGAUCGUUUGCCCUAUGGCAGCUUCCCUCACCUGCCCCCCCUCGACCAAUCGCGGCACGGCAGCAUGCAGCGCCUCGACAGCCAAUCGCGGCACAGCAGCAUGAGGGAUCUGAGCAACUCCCAGGCCACUCACGUUACCCACGGCACCACCAUGAACCGCGUGGUCGAGGAGGACGGCGCCAGUGCGUGACCUCGGUGUACAGGCCUGACAGGGAGUUCCUGUUCCUCCUCAGGGAGGAAGGCGAGAUAACCUUGACCAUUCAGGGAUCCUCUAUGCUGGAACAGUGACUUGGGCCAAUGGACUAACAGUGAAACAGGCACCCCAGUCAGCCUUAGGGGGCUUGAUGUCAUACAAAGGCAGGCAAUAUGGGAAACAGGAGGGACUCCCAGUAAACAUGGUUCUGGUCUCCUGCCAUUAUGGGACUUAAAUGAGACGUGAAAGAGAAGCCAUUCGCACUCGUUUGCUAUGGUGCACCGUCCUCAGAUCAGAAUGUCAGUCUGCACAUCAAAGAGGGCUCUAGCCUGCAAACUUUAGCAGGGACACGUGCCUACAUCCAUUGCAGAAGUACAACACCCUUAUCGUUGUGCAUUUCUGUCCCAAAAGGUACUUCAGUUUUCAGGCAGCCAUUGAGAAGUCCUCUACACACCUACUUGUCUGGUUGUAACUUGAUCGAACGCUGUACGGGAUAGAGACUGAGGAAGGCCACACCCUUUGUGCCUGUGAGCGGAGGUGUAACAGGAAGCAGGACGCGAGAGCAGGGAAUUGUCAGCACUUUUGGAUCAUAAGCCCCAGGUUGACCGUCCUUACACUACAUCAUCGGGACUCCAGUGAUGUUUUGGUGACCCAGAGGCCUACCUCACGUGCUAAGAUGUCAUUGCUACUCUCACUGACAGAGGAGGACCUGGUCCCUGACACAACAUCUCUGAAAUUAUGGUUUGCCUUGUUUUUAUCUAACAUUCAUGCAAUAUCACAUUUCCAUCGAUUUCUCCGAAAUGGAUUCCCCCACCAAAAUCACAGACAGCAACAUUCCUUGGUUUUAAGCAUCUUUCAACCUUCCCUGAAUGUUUAUAAUAGCUGGAAUGUCUUAAGGUGUGUUUUGUUGUCCAGCUCCAGGCUGAUAUUGAUACAUCACUUUUAAUAUAGUCAGCAGCAUGAGCAAUGAGCACAGUUUGUCCCUCAUGAUUUUGUCCAUCCAUACCCUGUUCAGGGGUUUUACCCAAGACCAUCCUAAACUGCUUGCGCUGUUCAGGCAACAGAAUGUAAAAAAUACACAAGUACCUCUUGUUCCCCUCUUUCUGGUCUUCAGACCAAUUACUUCACUCUUUUCCCCCUGUGUCUAGUGUAGGUUUAUCUUUAAGAUAAGAAGCUGCUGCAACUUAACUACUGAUUCUUCCAUUUUCUUGGAGACAAACUAUAGAACGGAAGAAGACCGAGUAAAAGUCUCUGAGCCCAUUAGCUUGUGUUAGUGGUUUAAAUGUUGAAUACCCAGGGUAGCUUUUACGCUAUGGAAGGCAGAUGUAGGUUUGUGUUGUGCCCAGUAGGGGGCGUCAAUCUGCAGAAAUUAUCAGGGAGGGGCGUUUUGACGGACACUUUCCCUACUUUAGUGAACAGAAUCAGGUUGAUUUCACUUUGAUUACUUGUAAAAUGUGUAAAAAUGUCAGUUUUAGAAUUUUGUAAAGAAUAAACACAAAACUUUUCGUACA